CAUGGGAUCCCUAAGUUUAUUAUUACUUUGCUCCGAACUACUAUAUAAUCGGGUCGAAAGUUUGAUGAGGGGUUUGAACUAAUUUAACCUACUCCUAAACAAGCAACCAAGUGAUUGGGAAACCGCUAGAGGUGAGAUGGUUGCCUAAGGUCGCAUCCUCCUAGCUAUAGUUUUCAAGUAGGGUCAAUCGAAUGGGGUGAGUGAGCUCUUUUCUGUGGGCUUUCGUGGUUAUCCACACGCCACCAAGUACGCCUCCCCUAAACCCCAUAUAUAGUCACCUCGAUCUAGACUAUCGUAUUUGUGGCAUUAAGCUCAUGGCUUCUUUCAAUGGACACUAUCCACCGUCCACACCAAGGUUUCAUUUGCGGUUCUUUCUAGGAAGGUUACCUAUAGCAGGGGUUCGGUCGCCUCGACCACUAUAGGACCCCAUUCAUACAUCUAUCUCGAUUGGCUUGAUGAUGUAUACCCGUCUAACCCUAAUAGAGUAGAUUUGUGCGACUUACCCAAACACAAUCCAGGAUAGAAUGACAUUCAAAUCAACUAGUCAGACACAUUCAUACAUAACCCAUUCAUACACAACCUAUAAACUCGGGUUCAUAUUCCAUAAACAAUCACUAGAGAGAGGAAGAAAACACAAACUAGAAGAGGGGAAUGAUAGAAUCAAGCUUGUUCUCCUUGCUUGCACCUUCUCCUUGCUCCUUGGGUUGAUUGGAUCUUCAAUAAAGCUCUCCUAAGGUGAUUCCCUCUCUAAAACACUCCAAAACCCUAACUUUCUAACUAUAAGGCGGCCCUCCUUUUUCUCUCCAGCAACUCUACUAUUUAAAGGCGCUGAAAAUCUCCGGCUAGUUCGCGGCCUGAAGAUAGAAGAUCGCGGCCGCAAACUUGUGUGUCACGGACAUGAUCAUUUUCCUCAGUCUGGAUCAACGUUGCUUGCGAAGAGAGUGGGGAAACUCUCUGUUCUCCCAGCGACGAAUCCUUCCAGAGUUUGCGGUCGGAGUGCUCCACUUCGCGGUCGGGAUCUCACGACCUUGGCCCGCGAUCUUCUGGCAGACUUCACGGUUUAUCUUCGCGGGUGGGAACUUGAGCUCUUCAGCUGCAAUCCUUGCAUUGUCUGGUUCUUCUCCUUGCUUCUACACAUUAUUGCUCAUUUCCUUCCCAUCUUUGCUCGUAAUGUCCAAUGCGUCCAAAAACAGGUAUCAUAAACGAAAAGGAAUGAAAUGGGCACGCGAAUGACAUUUUGUAAAACAAUUGAAGAUCAUUUUAACACAAGAUCACCUAAUAAAUGUAAGGUAAAUAAUGCCAUUUCGAUGUUAUCAAUUAACAAUCGAUAAGGAUUGUUAACCACUCGAAAUGAUCAAAACCUCACACUCAACGAAGGAAACAACUUCGCCGUUGAUCACUCUACACUCACUAACUCCAAUCUCCUCGCCUUCUCGGCUAAUACGAAGAACGAGGGAUGGCCGAAGAGGAUUUAUCAUGAACCACAAAGUGUUGGUCGUCAUGCUAAUAACUCUCUUUGGUUGCUUCUCAAUCACAUUGACGGGAGGAUGAUCGAGAGAGAGAAGUGAUGAUGACAGCUAGGGUUUGACUGUUCUAGAGUGAAGGAAAUAAGGGUUGUGUUUUCUUCUGUUCUUGGUUCACAAAGGGAGUGGAUUCGUUUUAUCUGCAGAGAAAACAAGAGAGAGGAGAGAUGACGAGAGUAAAGAGAAGAAGGGAGUAGGGACGGGCAUCAGUCCGGUCCGGAUCGAAUCGGACCAAAUUCAGAGAAUCGCGGUCCAAUAGUGAAAGAUAACUUAGGACCAAGGAUCGGACCAAUAGUGCAUUCGGUCCGCUUGGGUCCGGUCCAAAUGUAAAUUCGGUCCAUUUUCUUCAGUAUUUAUAAAAUUCAAGGGACAAAGGAUCGGACCAUAUUAUAUUCAAUUCGGUGUGGUCCGAUCUAAACAUCGAUGCGAUCUGGUGUGGUCCGGUUUGGACCAACCCAUUGCCCACCCCUAGAAGGGAGUGUGCGGCAAGGAUAUCUCUUGUCCAUCACUUUCCUUUUAUACAUUAUAUAAAAAGAAAAUUAUGUCCCUUACCUUUUUCCAAAUUCAUAAACAUACCAUAAUUCUCUUUUUCAACAAUAUAGGCGGUUAACCAUUAAUCGAAUCGACGAUGACGGUUAACAACUAAUGUUUGGCAGGUCGACUAAUGGUAAUGAUUUUUUUAUUGGUAGGUAGCCGUUAACCGCAUUAUCAGUUAAUGGUUAACCGCUAACCAACCUAGUUAUCACCCCUAAUAUUAAAAUAUUAAAAAAUGAAAAAGACACAAUUAAUAGUAGGUACAUGUAUGUAAAAUCAAAGGUUUGGCAUUACAUGAGUGAGCACUUCUACUAUACUAUAUAGCAUUGGUGUUUUAAUGUACAACUUGAAGUUGUACCAUAACAUUAAAUGUAUAAGUUUAGGUUGUACCAUAAAGGAAUUUGUAGCAUUACGUUAUGGUACAACUUUACAACUUGAAGUUGUUCCAUCACAUAAGGUACAAGUUUAAGUUGUACCAUAAAAGAAUUUGUACAAAAAGUCUAGGUACAAUCUGAAGUUGUACCAUAACAUUAAAGGUACAAUUUCAAGUUGUACCAUAAAGGCAAAAACCUAUAGCACCAAUGCUAUAUAUCAUUGUAAAAUUCCUCUACAUGAGUAAUAAAAUGAUAUCUUGAGAUUGGAUUGACCGGAGUUUGGGACAUGAUACUAUACCCUAACCUAUAGUUGAAACUUUAGGCCCCGUUUUAGAGGUACUUCUAUUGAUCAGAUAUCUUCAUCCAUAUAAUAAAUUAAACCGACUUUG